CACACGCACACCCACGGGCACGCUUCCCCCACGCUGCUCCCCACCUUCCCCUCCAGCCCUCCAGAAAAAUCCAGCGGCCGGAUCAAGACACGUCUUCUGGCAUGGAAAGGAUUAACUCCCCGGGGAGCCGCGGCGGAGGCUGAGCCUACGCUCCCACCACGCACUGGCAUUGCCGGCUGCACGGCGUGCUCCCGAGUUGUGGAGCCAACCUCUUGGUGGCUCAUCCCCCUCGCUGCGGGCAGCCGGGGCGGCUGGGAAGAGCGAGCAGGACUGGAGGGUGAAGGGGCAGGAGGGGAAGAGGACGAGGAGGAGUGUGCACGGACGCACGCAUCCGCGCACAGCCCGCAGACGGCAGGCAGCGGCACAGCAUCGGCUGCUGUUUGCGGGGAGGUCCGUCGGGAGCCGAGCGCCGAAUAAAACAAGCCGGAGCAUCAGGCGAGCAGAUCUGUUCGCUUGCAAAAGUCCUUAAGGAAUCGAUUGGGAGAUGCCGGCAAAAGAAGUUCCUGAAAGCCAGGCUGGCGCGGCCGGGAACUGUGUGCCGCCGGCUCUGUCACACGCCGGGAGCAGCUGAACUUUGUGGGUUUUAAAUACACGUUUCUCCUCUGCGGACGCUUCGGGCAUCAUUACGGGGAGGGUCACAGCACGGCACAGCACCGCACCACACACCUGGCACCUGCUGUCACCCAGACAGAGCCUGGGCGACGGCAAAAGGGGGAUUUCUGUCUCUCCAAGGACCAUCACCUGUGAAAACAAGCUGGAGAAGGGCAAUUUAUCUUUGUUUUCCAGAUGACUGAAAAUACCUACAAGAUCUCAUGUCUCUGGUUUUCAUCAGUGAGUAGCAUCAGGGAGAGACGUCUGCGGAACAAAAAUGAUAUCAGUCAAAAUCAUUCCAGCACGUACUUUUUCCCAAGGAACUUCAUGCCCAUAGGGGUUUGCUGCAGGCAUUUCCAGAAGUGAUGACCGACCUACCACAAAUGCAUCCCUACCAGAUCCUGUAAGAAUUUGCAAAUGAGAAACCUACCCCAGCAAGACCUUCUCUGCCUGGCUCGCAGUACAUGGUUUGGUGUAAGCACAACAAUUCUCACCUCUUUCUCUCCCUUUUAAGUCUCUUGGGCUUGAAGACCAUUCCUCAUUGCAAUUAUGAUUAUUUGCAACAUCAGUGCCAUCAAAGAUUGGAGCACUUUCCUCUCCCAGAUCCUCCCCAGCGUUAACAAGACUCUGAACUUGGUACAGCAAGUGGAAGCCACCACCAGCUCGGUGGUAAGUGUCCUCCAGGACCCUGAGCAGGACAGCUACCUGUCCAACAGCCAGUCCAUGAACUCCAGCAACUUCACGGCUGGCCUGGACCACUUGUUCCAGUACUCAUACUCGGACAGUGACCAGCUUUACAAGGAGUACAAACCGCCUCCUCGAGAUGCCAUUCCUCUGCCCAAGGCUGUCCUCUACCUUCUCAUGGCAGCCCUGGUGGUGGUGGCAGUGGCAUACGCCAUCGUCGGGCAUCUCAUCAAGGACCUCAUUCAUGACUUUAUAGACUGGAUCUUCGGCCCCAGCCCAGAUGACAACAGCAACAAGAGCGACAUCAACUGCAUCAGCAACAGCGUCAAUGAGAUGAAUGAGAUGCCUGAGGCACCGCAGCACCAGGACCACCAGCCCCAGGAUGUGGUCAUUUCCAUCAGCGAGACCUGUCACUUGCCACAGCAGACAUGACGAGCUCGGUGGCUGGGCCAGGAGUGAUGGAGCAGUGGGAUGGAGCAGCAGGAUGAAGUGGAGGGAUGGAGCAGGGGGACAGUGCAGCAGCCACCUUGCAGGACCGGGCAGCAAGAGGAUGGGCAGAGCUGGCACCACAGAGCAAAGCCCUUCUCGCCCCAGUUUUGCCAAUCUCUAAGGACCUUGCCAGGGCAGGCAGUAUUGCCCCUUCUCCCAGGCUCACCCAUCCUGCCCUGACCAUCUGUCUGUGGGUUUGUGACCUUCCUUUCUUCCCUGUGAAUAGCAAAAAAAAAAAAAAAGCAAAUGCAAAAUACACCCACCAAACAAAGCUUGCAAGAGAAAUGAGCCAGAGAGGAGCUGGGCAGUCCUUUGGCAUGCAGCUGUCCUGCGGCAUGGGGAUGGGGUGGUGAAAAGGGCGAAGGAGACAAGGACGCUGCAUGAGAAAUGGGGGUGUCUGUGUUUCUGGGGACAGACCCAGGAAUCAGCAGGGACUGGGGCUUCAGCGUGAGCCAGGGGCUGCAGGAAGGCACUGAAAUGUCGGUAGGAGCCAGAUCCAGCUCAGUAUGUUGAUGACCUGUCUGGGCAUAACCCCUUAGUUAUGCAGCCCCAGCUCACAGCCCACUUCAGCAGGUGCAUCCCAUGGCUGUAGGACAGUGGGGGGACAGCUUCACCUCACCCAGAGAGCCUUCCUCUCCCAUGCCCAGGCCCAGGCCGAGGCCGCCCCCACCACCAGCUCUGGUUGAGCCCAGCAUCCCCUGACCAGGAGCAACCCUGCUGGGACAUGGCACAUCCCCGUUCUUCGAGGAAAGUUGCUGGAGGGGAGGGCAGGGACCCACCUGCAGGAAACCCCAACUCUUCAUGGGGGAAAAUAGCUGCUAUAUGGCUGCAUCCCUCACACUCAUCCCAGUGUGGCCAUCUCCCUCACCAUCUCCAAAGCAGCUGCCACCACGAGGGAUGCUGGCUUUGCACUGGGGUCAGCUGCAUGUGCAUGCAUUGAUGGAGGGGGGAGACCUCCCUUGUCCCCCUGAGUACCUAACUCUUCCCUGCCAGGGCACUGCCACCCACAACUGCCCUUCCUUCUCUCUUCUGCCACUUCUCUCUGCUCAAAGGCAUCCUUUCCCAUUGCUAACUCCAGGCAGAUAUCCGCUCCCUCCUUUUUAAGGGGCUCAUGGGAAGCAGCAGCUUCCCAAGGUGGGGGCCGAGCUCCCAAACCAAGUGGGAAAAGGGGCAUCCUGAUGGUUUCAUUGGUAUUUUAAGGCCAGCUCUCGCCCUGCUUGGGAUUUUAAACCAGAAUCCAUCAUUUCUCUGUACGGCAGAGCUGGGGCAAUGGGACCAAGCUAAUUCCUUGGACCCAGUGUCUGUUUCUUAUGAAGAUCUCUUUGACCUCCACAUCUUCCCUGAACUUAAAAAAACAGACUAUACGGAUGGCCCAGAGACCUAAUCCCAGGGAAAGGCAAACGGUCAGGACUUCUGCCUCUGCAUUCAGGGAGACAGUCCCUGCCUUUCCCAGCCUGAGGUACCCAGCAGACCCCUAACAGCAGGGGCCAGAACAUAAUUUUCCCCUUCUGAAAGCAGUAAGGGAAAAUGGAUGUGGUUUCAACCUCCUGCCCUGAUGGCUUUUAAUGAGAGCCAUUACCAGCAGUCCCAGGCUGGAGCUUUGUCAGCUUUGCAGCAAGCAAAGGCUGUAGGAUAGAACUGCAAACCUCCCCCCAGUAAUUAACCAUUUCCAAUCAGCCAACCAUCGCUGCCACCAUCAUUUUCCUCCCAUUUUUUUGGCCCUGGGUUUGUAAUGUGGCUGCUCUGGCAGCUGCCAGCCAGCUCCUACGCUGGGGCUGUUGAGGGGAGCUGGGCAGCAACACUGCAACAGCUUGGGAGGGUGCUGGGGGGUGAUCCCAGGUCUGUCAGCCCCUAGGAGUGGGGCUGCAGCACCAGAGCUGGCUGUGAGCAGGGGAAACUGUGAAGGUCCUCAUUCCUGAGGGACAGGAGGUUGUACAGAGCUGGGGGGCACAGCUGGUUUCCUUGCUCCCCUGCCCUUUCAGCAUCUAGAGACUGGACAUUAGGACACCCAGGUGCUCCCAGCCACUGCUGGGGGGGGAUGCUGAGACCGUGUGUCUGGCACUGGCACUGCUCUCAAAGGGACCAGUCCCUGCCACGGGGACAUGUCACUCACCAGGCACAACUUGUCCCCCCAUGGCUGUAAGCAACAGCCACAGCUCAUCUGCAUCAAAGACUUGUCACACACCAGCUGCUGGAAAUAAGGUGGAGGUUUCCCUGAGGAUGGAGGCAGCCACCACUCUCCAGCCAGGUUCUUACUCCCUUCCUGAGACAUCUUGGGUCCCACACGAUGCGGUUUGAUCCCGAGGAGAUGCUCCUGCAACACGCAGCAGCUUGCACCCAGGGCCAGCGUGGCUGUCAGCCACCCUAGGCCACCGUCCUCCGAGCAGGAGAAGGAAGGAGCCAAGCUCCCUCCUGUGGCCACCUGCACCGGGGUCCACCAGGCUGCUCAGGAGCUGGUGAGACAUUGCCCUUGGCCCACUCUGCUCCUCGGCCUCCUGGAGCCAGGACCCCUCCUUUGAAGCCCCUCCUUUGCAGGGGUCCUGGUGCUGUGUCCAUCCCCCAGACCGGCCGAGCCCCUGGGUAACGUUAUGGCAGUGUUUGUGGCGAGGGGAACCACUGACCGUCUCCCUGAGCCACAGCGUCACGCCUGGUCGAGGCCAGGAGCCAGGCUGGCACUGGAGCUGUGCAGAACCCCGUGGCUGUAGCUUCUUUCUCUGCUGGUCCCACUGGAACUUGCCACAUGCCAGGGGAAAACCUCAGAGGACAGCAGUUUGCCACACCACCUUCCUUUGCAUCCCCCCAUCCCUGCAUCAUUGCCACCACCUGGCACCUGCCUUCCCCUGAAUUUGUCCCCAAACAUGUCCCCAGGCACUGUACUGGUGCUGAGCUCUGAGGAUGCUUGUGAGCCUGUCAGAGAAUCCCAAGAAGCCGUGGAGCCAUUUCACCUCCAGACACUGGCGGCAGAGCAUGGCUUUUGGCUGAAAGCAGCCCCUGUCCCUCCAAAAAAUCAGUGGCUUUCAGUCCAGCCACCCAUCCCUGCAGCUGGAUGCAUUUUAGAGAUCUCCAGCACCCUCAGAGAACCUCUGAAGCAGGGUGGCAGGGCAGGACCAGGUGGACAAGCGAGGUUGCCAGGCUGGGGAAGGCAGAGCUGUUUGGGGGCUGGUGCAGCAGCCUCAUCUGCUCUUCUCACCCACCAGGUCCCCCUCUCCAGGCUGGGCUAUUCCCCCUCUGUCCUUUCCUUGUCCCCCAUGUCCUCCGAACAGGGGACGAGGGUCUGGCCAUCCAACAUCAGGGGUCCAGGGAGAAGGUCUGUGGGAAGAGGUGCUGGGGGCUGCUUCACCCAGGGGAGGUUUUGGGGGUGCCGAGGGGUAAGGGGCUGAUGAGGGUGCUGUGCUGCUCCGACUGCCACAGUCCCUGCACCUCUUCAGUGCAGGAGGUUGCUCUUUAAGGCCCUCUUUCCUCCGCUAAGCGCCUUAGGGAGCAGGGACAAGAGAUGCUGGUGCUUUUUAUAGCAGCCAUAAUCCCUGCUGGUCACACCACCUGUGCCCUCCUGCCCUGAGGCCCAGGGCUGAGUCUCCAAAAUGGGGGCUGCUGCCCAGAAUCUGCCUCAAACACCUCUGAUUCCCAGCAUUGCCUCUCUCCCAGGGCACAGAUCCCGGCUGGGGCUGGUUCUGGACUCAAAACCCCUUUGCAGAAGGCAUUGAAGUGUUGGACCCCCCUCGCAGUCACAGCAAUCUGAUGAGGAGGGACAGACAGACACAUGUACGGAGACGCAUGGAUGAGCAUGAGAGCAGCUGCCGGGCCUCCCUGCUCUGCUCCGAGACUUGUGAAGCUGGAACCAACCCCAUGGCACAGCCAUGAGAAAGCCUGCGGCAGCAGAGGAGCUAGGGGAGGCGGGGGGGUCUUUCCUUUCUAAUCCCCUCUCCUUUAACAAGAGGGAAACUGAGGCAGGGAGGGAGCAGGGAAGGGGCAGAGUGCUCCUGGCCCGGCAGCACAGAGCAGAGCCCUUUGCAGGGCAGCUGAUGAGCUUUAGAGGCUGGCAAAGCCUCACACUUGCCUGUAACCCCCAAGACACGAACUUCAGCAUCUUCUCAGGGUCAUUUUGGCGCUGUGGCUGGCUUCCCUGACCCAGGCUGCACCGGCAAAUCCAUGCAUGGCAUGCGGGCCACCCAGGCUUCAUCCCUGCAGCUGAAGGGGACUGGGGAAAAGAGAUGUGAAAUGGGACAGCGGGAGGUUUGGUGGGUCAGGAGCGGGUGCCUGGGAGAGGCAUAUUUCACCUCCUGUCCCUAUCCUGUCCACCCAGCUGCAGUCCCAGUCAUGCCCCACCAGGACCACAGCUGUCCAGGGAGGACAGCAAGCGCUGCAGCUGCUUCGCUGCCAUUCAGGGACAUCCCUCUCUGGUCCUGCUCCCCAUCCUUCCCCACUGGUGUUGGACUACCCCAGUGUCCCCCUGAGAGGUGGCUGUGCAGCAUGGGGACAUCAGCCCUGGCCAGGCAGCACCCCUGCCUUCCCCUGCCAGCACGGCUGCCCUCCCGGCUGCUGCACAAUUUCUCUUUUAAGCAGCUCAGCUUUUACUUCUCUCCAGCCAACAGUCCCCCCUGACCCCACAACUCCACAUCAUGCCAGGGGGAACCAAACGCAUCUUUUAACCUUUUACUCCUUCUGUUUUACUGCCCAUGACAGAUGCAAUUUUCUCCAGCCCCUGGAUCCAGAGGGUCUCACAGGAGAGGGCAGCAUGGGGAAUCCUGCCUGAAACCAUCCAGAACCUGCCGGCAUCGCUUUCCCCUGCUGCAGCUCUGGCCCCUGUCUCCCACAGCAUCUUUGCAACACAUUUGCUGCAAUUUUCCCUUUAAAGACCCCACGAGGAAAAAAAAAAAACACCUAGGGGGGGGGUCUUCUAGGUCAGGCUAAGCUAAGACGGUAAAAGAAGAUUAAUUUCUCAGAAAAGCCAUUCAGAUUUUUUCCUCCCCAGCAGUGACCAAAGCAGGGCUGGCAGGAGCGCACACAUCUGUGGACAUGCAGCUCUUGGUGUCACCCCUGGGGUGGCACUGAGCGGGAUGUCCCCAGGUCCCAGCCUUGUGUAGGAGGUGGGGAGGUACUCACCAAGUGAUGGGUCACACGAGUGGGAAGAAGGUGGCACAUCAGGGACCCUGAUGGGCCAGGGUGGGUGCCCACCACCUGGGGAGGAGGGAGAGCUGUGCCACCUCCACAGCACCCUGGCUGGUCUGGAAGGGGGACACAGGCAGGGAACCAAGCACGGAGCUUGUCCUCGUCACCCACUCACGCGCAUACGCCCACGAGGCCCUGAGCAGUCACGCUUGUUUUUCUGCUCCCAAGGAGAGCUGGGAAGCUCGAAAACGGGAGGAUUAGUCUCCAAAGCAAAGGCCUGGCCAGCUGCCAGCCAGGGCAGGGAACAGCCCAGGAAUGCUUUUCCCAAAGGCUCAGCUUGCUCCUGGCUCGUGCUCCAGCUCUGUCCCUGUGUUCACCAGCCUCCCAGUCCCACAGCCACUGUCACCAAGAGCAGACUCAGGGGGGAUCUCAGGGGGUCCCACAGAUGGGGAGGAGGCAGGACAUUGCUACCAUGAGACUCCUGCUCAGUGCCUAAGCCACCCUGGGCAAUCGGAGCAUCCCCUGCCUGGUGUGUCUUCUCCAGUGUGUAGUAGAGGUUGAGCACACGCUGCAAGCACACCCUUCCUUAGAAGAUGGGCACUGAGGGACACCUCUGCCUUCUCCUCAGCUGCUAUUUGUACAAAACCUGGAGGAAACUGGUCACCCUGGGGCAGUGGGAAGGAAAAGCUUGAAACUCCAGACACAGGAACCCUCCACUGGGCUGGUUUAACCCCAGUACUGGGGGCUGCUAGGCAGGGCAUGGGGAGUGGGUUGGGUGAGAGGGCCUGGCCAGAGGAGAGCUGGAUGAUGGGGCCAACCUGGGUGUCAAUGUCCCCCAGGACCAGGACUGGAUGCAGUCCUGAAUUGGAGGUGGGUUUGGUGUCAUGGGGCUUUCCCUGGGGAUGGAUGGGAUCACCACUCUGCCCCAACUGGCACCAUCAUUUCAGCCUUGCCCAGGAGACCAUCCCCACUGCCAAAAGAGGGCAGGCAGACCCCAUUUGUUGGCCUCUCCUGCCCCACACUGUCUGCAAUGGGUCAGGCUGUGCAAGUCCCAGGCUCUGCUUGCAGCACUGCUCCCCAGUAAGGGUUACAGCAAACCGUGGGGUGCAUGGGCUCACCUUUCCCCAGGGGCUGGGGUGAGGUGGCCUGGGGGACAACCUCCCACUGCCACUGCUGUCUGGGUCACUUCAUUGCACUGCUCUGGCUGGAAAAUUUCUCUCGAGGGGAUUGAUUUUCAGGCAGGUCACCCUUCAAAGCAGCCUGUGCUCAGCUCGGGGGAACCAGUGGGCGGGAUGCCGUCAGCCCUGGGUUACACUGGCUUUAUCUGGACCUUUUCUUACCUUUUCCAUCUCAGCAGCGGGUGCCAGAGGCAGGGCUGUGGUGGAGAGGUCUGAGACAAGCCUUGAGACAAGCCUGUGCACAGCCCAAAGGGCACAUUUUAGAGCAGCCCCAAGCAGCAUUAAUGGACAGUUUUCUUCCCAGCAUCUGAUCCCUGCGCAGUGCACAGGGAAGGGUACAAAGGACAACAGGGAGCAUCCCCACCCCAGCCCCGAGGAGGGUGGGGGUGCCAGGAUCCAGCCUCACAGGCUGUGCUUGCACCCACACAUCCCCUGCAUCCGCUUCCCUGGUCACCCCACAGCCAUGCACCCCACGCCAGCAAGCCCAUGGCACUGUGUGUGGCAACAGGGCCACCAGACCAAAGGCCACGGUCGUUGGCAGAGGGGCUGGAUGCCACAUCCCCUCCGACCAUGGGGACCAGGUUCUCCCCACCCCAGGAAAAAGUUAUUUUCAUGCUGCCUCCCCGCAAGAACUAACAUAAAUUGCUUAAAUGGCUGCAACGCUCCAGGAACAGGCUCUUUCAGAGCCAAGCUGCAUUCAGGGAGGGGAAAGCCCAAGGGACUUUUUAAUAACUAGCAAGGGGAGCUAUUGAAGUGUUUUACUGCCUCGUUAAGGCAGUCUAAUCUCUGUGUAUAUCUUAAAAAAAAAAAAAAAAUGCUUGCUGGUGUUUUUAUUGUAACAGAGGUGGGUGUUUUCUGGCACCAGCUGGGAUCCUGCUUGCUUUAUCUGCUUGUUUUCUUACCUGAUACCAGCGCGGAGCAGCCCAAGAACAGCCCAAGGGCAUCAGCAGGUAGGGCCUGGAAGCUCCUCCCUGGGCAGCGGCCAGGAGAGGCUGCUGGUCUGUGCUGUGGGCUGCUUCCCAUCCAUGCGUGCUCUGCACCCCGCUGCUGCACCCACCUUUCAGCAAGACGGAGGUCCCUGGGUUUUCCCCAGGGUGGGCUGGGCUCUGCAUAAGCCUGGGCAAAGCCCUGCGGUGGGUGACUCCUCGUCCAGGCAGCCCAGAGACAGGACAGGGGAUGGCAGGAAAACCUCAUCCACGCCCUGCAGAUGGGAUUUGGGGGAUACACAGAUUUCGGGGCUAUGGGGAACUUAGGCUCCUGUAAGCUAAGCCAAAGAGUCCAUGCCCAGGGGAGCCCCAGCAAGGACUCAUCUGCAGCGAUACAGAGCUGUCUGACCACUGGGGUCUAAGUUUGGACGGGGAAUGGGCUGGGCAUUUUGUUUCUAAGUUUUCCUUCAUAUUAUUUUAUUUUUUUACCUCAGCCCAGCAGAAAAUGGGGAAAUCCUGCGGAGUCCUGCUGGCGGCAGCAUCCACCUCUCCAUCUGCAAAAGCUCACAGUUUCAAAGCCAGGAGCUAGAGGGGACGCUGAGGCUGGGAUGGUAGGGCUGGAUAAUCCACUUUCGUUUGCUUUGGAAAGACUGAUGUUUGCAUGAGCACCGGCUCCAGUGGUUUUAAGGGACCCACCCAGGAGCAAAUCCCAACAGCCUGAAACGAGAGCUGUGGCUGCUGGGCUGGAAUUAAGUCUGUCCUACACCCAGACCCCCCCUGCACAUCCCGGUGGAGGAGGCCACAGGAGCCAAGGCUGCAGCUGCAGAACAAGGGAAGCAAACAGAGACAGGGCUAACAGGGCUGGCAAACACCUGGAAAGAUCUUCCUUGGAAAUCUGGGACAGGAAGGAUAAAGUUGCUGUAGCUGGAGACAUAGUUCAGCCGAGCUCAAUAUGCCCCAUUGCCCAGAGAGCCAGUCACAUCAGACUCCUCGCUCCUGGCAGACACACUCUGGUACCCAGCUGCUUCGGGAAGCGUGACUUUAUGUGUCACCACCCUGAUGUGAGAAGGGACAGAUCCCUGGACAUGUGGUCUGUGCCUGUUUUGGGACCGGGGCU